AUGACUGGCGUGACUCCGUAUGCGCCCAAGUUAUCUCCACGCACUCGAACCCCUACAACCAAACAACAGGAUGCCGGACCGCCGAGCCCCAAUUACUUUGGACUGGCUGUCUUCCCAGACAAAGAGAGUUUCUCAUCCACUGUUGCUCCCCAUGCGUGCUCCAACUUCGACCAGCCGACAUCGCAGGUCCGUUCCGUGGCUGCUGCCUCACCGCAGAUUAUUCCCGCCGAUCAGAAUGCGGAGUUCGAACUGUUCAGGAGACAAUCAGAGCGCCAUGUAUUCACGAUGCCACAGAUGGCAAACUUCACCAUGAACCAAACCCGACGAGCAGAGCUCGAUAGCACGGGUAGCGGAAGUAAUGCGAACGACAAGGCUAAUUCACCGAGGACGGCAGCACCAUCAUCAACUGCCAUGGCGGCCACAUUUAUAAAACCCGGAUCGAGCACGGUUCCGACGAUCCAGGCCUCUAGCACAGAGAGGAUUGAAGGUGCCCACCAACGAUCCCCCAAAAGACUGCUGUCAUCUCCCACCGUCGCAAUCACCGAUCGACCCAGAAGAGAAUCCCCAGCAAGUUUCGUGGGGAGAGAAAGGCGCUCCGAUUCAGACGCGGAGGUAAAGUUUGCUUCACCGGAGGAUCGAGAAACAAGGCUAUCGUUGCCAUCAAGUGGCCGGAAGCCAAUCCAGAGUUCUGGCCGCGCCGAAACUUUGCCACCAACUUUUGACGAAACCAAUGCCGAAUGGAAAGGAAAGAACCAUGUCGCGGAGGUCGAGCCGGUGCUGGUCACCCCACAGUAUGUGGUGAACCUACUCGAAGCAUCGAAUGAAGAUAUUCUGCUUCUAGAUCUGCGCGUGUCAAGCCAGUAUUCACGUUCGCGGAUCCAGGGUGCCUUGAACCUCAGUUGUCCCACAACGCUGCUGAGGCGGCCGGCGUUUAAUGUUCGGAAGCUGGAAGAGACGCUUAAAGACGAGGAGCAACGGGGCAAAUUUGGACGCUGGCGCAACAGCAAAUAUAUCAUCGCCUAUGAUGCUAAUUCUUCCGUCCUCAAGGAUGCGAAUACCUGCAUUUUUACGUUAAAGAAAUUUGUCACCGAAGGUUAUAAUGGAUUUGCAUACAUCAUCCGCGGCGGAUUCGCCGACUUCGCCAAGAAGUUCCCCAACUUGGUCAGCCUGGAUGUUGACAAAAGUACUACUCGAUCCACGAGCGCAUCACCUCCCACCGCCCCGGUCAUCGGUCGCUGCCCGAUGCCAACGACCAAGUCCACGGCGAACCCGUUCUUCGGCAACAUCAGACAAAACAUGGACCUCCUUGGAGGGGUCGGCCAAAUGCCGAUUCGACAUCCCAACUCGCUAACGAGCGAUGCCGAAUCACAUCUUCCGGAGUGGAUCCGGGCCGCGGCUGACAUGAACGAUAACGGGAAACGCGUCGCCGAUAAGUUCCUACAUAUUGAGAAGCGCGAGCAAAAGCGCAUGCAGGAAGCUCUCUCAGGAAAUGUGCGGUAUAGCGGUGGCACACCUGGGCCACGAACCGCGAGUCCCCAGGGCGAGAGGAACGGGUAUAUACAGGCGCCUCGGGGGCGCAACGUGCAGAUUGCGGGAAUCGAGAAGGGGGCGAAGAAUCGGUAUAAUAAUAUCUGGCCGUUCGAGCAUUCUCGGGUCAGGCUGCAAGGCGUACCGAACGGUGGCUGUGAUUACAUCAACGCGAAUCAUAUCACGACGUCGAUAUCGCAGAAGCGAUAUAUUGCGACACAGGGGCCAAUUCCGGCGACUUUUAACGAUUUCUGGAACGUCGUCUGGCAACAAGAUGUCCACGUCCUCGUCAUGCUCACCGCCGAGGCUGAAGGCGGCCAAGUCAGAGCCCACAACUAUUGGACCUCCGGCACCUACGACCACCUUACACUCACGUUCCUCUCCGAACACCGCGCCUCCCUCGAGCCCUCCAAGAUCCACCGGCACGGCCGCCCCUCCAACUCCGCACCCCGUCCCACACUCCCCAAGACCCCCUCUACCACCACCCCCAAAUCCACCCCCAAAUCCACCCCCAUAAUCGACAUCCCCUAUGCCCACCAAACCGCUCCAAACACCCCGCAACCAUACGUCACCGUCCGCCACUUCACGCUGCGGAACGCUGCCGACCCAUUCGCCCCUCUCCGCGAAAUCACGCAGUUGCAAUACGACCACUGGCCGGACUUCGGUGCACCCGCGCACCCCGCGCACCUCCUCGGCCUCGUCUCGCAAUGCGACGCCGUGGUCCGGGCGAGCGAAGGCGGUGCCGAUAUAGUUGAUGAUGACGAUAUCGACGAUGGCGAGGACGCCAAUGGAGUCCUGCGGCCCGUACUGGUGCAUUGCUCGGCUGGCUGCGGCCGCACGGGGACAUUCUGCACGGUGGAUAGCGUCAUUGACCGGCUGAAGCGGCAGCGGGCGCUGGCGCGCACGCCGAUGGAUAUUGACGUCGUGGGGAAGGAACCAGCACAGGAAGGGACGGGGAAGUCCGCCACGGACCCGUCGGUCGACCUCAUCGAAUCGACGGUCGAGGAGUUCCGGCUGCAGCGGCUGUCGAUGGUGCAGAGUUUGCGGCAGUAUGUGCUGUGCUAUGAGAGCGUGUUGGAAUGGUUGGCGGGUGAGGAGAAGCAGGGGCGGUGGUCGGCAGCGGCGUAG